UCUCUCUAUCUCGGUACAGCGGGUAGAAUUUCACACCAGAAAGUACAACGCGAUCACUCUGGACAUCCUCUCUCCAGUCCAGACGGACCUUUGGGAGACCCUUUUGGGGACUGACUGGACUGGGGCUGUCCCCAAAAAAGCGACGACAGGGUUUGACACGGAAACUGUAUUUGAAGGAUACAUUCCACGACCAGAUUCUUGAUGCAGCAUACAAAUAGAUUUAAACCUGAGAAGUAAGAGUUGCAGUUUGAUGAAAAGCGUUGGGACAGCAGCUGCUCCACGCGCAUAGGAAGCUACAAUAAUGAAAAGCACAAUUUGCCAUUCAUCUUAAAAGUAAUCUGAUUUGGAUACAAUACACGGUUCAUUGAUUCUCGUUUGCAGAGUGAUAAUUUGCUCUAUUAGAAUGAUAAACGUUAAGUGGAGCAACCCGGUCCCUUGCAUUCCCACGAGAAGAGUCGGACAGAAACGGGAGGACUCAGAAACGGGUGAAGAGCUGGUGUCCAAAUGCGCCAGGCUGAGUGAGUCUCCGGGUGACGCGGGGCUCCUCGGUAGCUCGCCAGGGUCACUGCUGUCCCCGGUCCCCUUGAGCGGCCCGACCCAUCAAGGUCCGUGCCGGAUAGGCCAGUUUCUGCUCCUACAUAUGGCCGAUCAGGACAGGAUGCACAGCGCACUCAACAUUGACACCGGAGACGCGCUGGUGUGCAAGGUGUUUGACAUGGGUCUGUACCAGGAGAAGCUCCGGGCCUACCGCAUCCUGCCAGUCCACAGGAACAUCAGCCGUAUCCGAGACAUUGUCCUGGGGGAGCGCUGGGCAUACGUCUUCCUAGAGAAGGACCACGGGGACAUGCACACCUUCGUUAAGAGCUGCAAGCGUUUGGACGAGGAGCGGGCGGCACAGCUCUUUCACCAGGUGGCGUCGGCCGUGACACACUGUCACCAGCAUGGCAUCGUAUUAGGAGACCUGAAGCUACGCAAGUUUGUCUUCUCCGACAGGAAAAGGACCCAUGUGAAGCUGGAAGGCCUGGAGGACUGCAGGGUUCUAGAAGGAGAUGAUGACUCCAUGUCAGACACCUACGGCUGCCCAGCCUACAUCAGCCCAGAGAUCCUGAACGGCUCCAGCUCCUACUCCGGGAAGCAGGCGGACGUCUGGUCCCUAGGGGUGAUGCUCUACACUAUGCUGGUGGGACGCUACCCUUUCCACGACCCAGACCCAGCUACCCUCUUCUCCAAGAUCCGCCUGGGCCAUUGCUGCCUACCCGAGGGCCUCUCUCCCCGAGCCAAGUGCCUGUUGCGAUCCCUGCUGAGGAAAGAACCAUGGGACAGACUGACUGCCGCCGAGGUGCUUAUCCAUCCGUGGUUCCACACCACUGCCGACAACGCACAGGAAACAGGGGACAGUGAACAGGAAGUGGGCUCAGUGGAACAGACAGUGCCUUCCUGUGAUGUGGAAGAGGAGGAUGAUCUGUUCUGUUGAUCGAUGGGAUGCAUCAACGUGACUGACUCGGCCCCUCGAGUGGAAUCGGAACAAAACAUGCUCAAAUGUUACCUUCAAGAGGGUUUACAUUUUAUUUUGAUUUGUUAUUGGAUAAUGGUCGUAUACUGUUGUGUAUGUACCUCAGACACAAGUUUGUAACUCAAAGUACUGUAGUGUUUCAUCUAUGUGUUAGAUUAAGGGAGUUGUGUGAAGUACUCAACCAUAACUGUGCAUUGUGUGUGUUCACAAUAAGUCAUUUGGUGCUAAAAACCAGUUCACCAUCACAUGAUGAUGUUUUACUAGAGUAGACUAAAGAUACAAUCUGCUGUUCAAACCGACACCCAGGCACUGUUUUGGUAAAUAGCUGAGGGAACAACAGAGUAGAAACUCAGGGGCUAAUAGAGGUGUGGGAAAGUGUAUAUUUCUACCCUGAGUACUGUACUGACAUCUGACUAUUUCUACCCUGAGUACUGAACUGACAUCUGACUAUUUCUAGCCUGAGUCAUGAACUGACAUCUGACUAUUUCUACACUGAGUACUGAACUGACUAUUUAUACCCUGAGUACUGAACUGACUAUUUCUACCCUGAGUCCUGAACUGACAUCUGACUAUUUCUACCCUGAGUACUGAACUGACAUUUGACUAUUUCUACCCUGAGUACUGAACUGACUAUUUCUACCCUGAGUACUGAACUGACAUCUGACUAUUUCUACCCUGAGUACUGAACUGACUAUUUAUACCCUGAGUACUGAACUGACUAUUUCUACCCUGAGUCCUGAACUGACAUCUGACUAUUUCUACCCUGAGUACUGAACUGACAUUUGACUAUUUCUACCCUGAGUACUGAACUGACAUCUGACUAUUUCUACCCUGAGUACUGAACUGACUAUUUCUACCCUGAGUACUGAACUGACAUCUGACUAUUUCUACCCUGAGUACUGAACUGACUAUUUCUACCCUGAGUACUGAACUGACUAUUUCUACCCUGAGUACUGAACUGACAUCUGACUAUUUCUACCCUGAGUACUGAACUGACUAUUUCUACCCUGAGUACUGAACUGACUAUUUCUACCCUGAGUACUGAACUGACAUCUGACUAUUUCUACCCUGAAUACUGAACUGACUAUUUCUACCCUGAGUCCUGAACUGACUAUUUCUACCCUGAGUACUGAACUGACUAUUUCUACCCUGAGUCCUGAACUGACUAUUUCUACCCUGAGUACUGAACUGAUUAUUUCUACCCCGAGUACUGAACUGACUAUUUCUACCCUGACUACUGAACUGACUAUUUCUACCCUGACUACUGAACUGACUAUUUCUACCCUGACUACUGAACUGACUAUUUCUACCCUGAGUACUGAACGGACUAUUUCUACCCUGAGUACUGAACUGACUAUUUCUACCCUGAGUACUGAACUGACUAUUUCUACCCUGAGUCCUGAACUGACUAUUUCUACCCUGAGUACUGAACUGACUAUUUCUACCCUGAGUACUGAACUGACUAUUUCUACCCUGAGUCCUGAACUGACUAUUUCUACCCUGAGUCCUGAACUGACUAUUUCUACACUGAGUCCUGAACUGACUAUUUCUACCCUGAGUCCUGAACUGACUAUUUCUACCCUGAGUACUGAACUGACUAUUUCUACCCUGAGUACUGAACUGACUAUUUCUACCCUGAGUACUGAACUGAUUAUUUCUACCCUGAGUACUGUGCUGUACUGUGAUUACUGCUCUUUCUCCAUUCAAAUCUGAGGUUCAGUGGCUCCAUCGCUAUGGUUAGUCUGUCCAUUUGGCAGCCUAUUACCUCUGUAGGGCCCCACAGCCAUAUGGGCCCUGGUCAACAGUAAUGAAUUACAUAGGGAGUAGGGUUCCAUUUGUGAUGCAGACUAAGACAGUGAUAUUCCCUCUCUUUAAUGCUCAGUCUGGCAGUCAUUCUCCACAUGACAGUGAUGUUCCCUCUCUUUAAUGUUCAGUCUAGCAGUCAUUCUCUUCUCGUCUAUUGUGGCCCAUUUAGUGUUUCCUCAAUGACGUUUGGCCAAAUUAAUCUACAAUCAACUAUUGUUUUUUUUGGGCAAGACUUUUCAUUAUCUGUUGUUUUGUUUGAUCUUCUGAAAAGCUGUUUGACGUAGGGUGAACCACGUAUUCAUAAGACUUUAACUGACACGCGUGGACAUUGUUUAUAGUGCACUGUGAAUGAAGUAUUUGUGACACAUUCUCAAGGCUUAACCACAUAAGUUAAAGAGAAAAUAUGAUUCACUGUAAAAACAUGUAAAUAUGUAU